CAAACAGUUUGACACAUGGGAUAUUUUUUUUUCCCUUCAUUUUCCCCAUCUCUCCUGUUCUUUCCAGCUUUUACUAGCACACACAGUCUCUCUCUCUCUCUCUCUCUCUCUCUCUCUCUCUCUCUCUCUCUCUCUCUCUCUCUCUCUCUCUCUCUCUCUCUCUCUCUCUCUCUCUCUCUCUCUCCUUGAAGUUUGUGGGUUGAACUUUUAAGCUCCCUGGCAGCGCUUCACUGGUAGCUGUGAAACUAAACGCAGCCUCUGUCUGUGAGUAGAGGAAAGAGAGAGAGAGAAAAAGAAAGGAAAGAGGGUGGAUGAGCAAGACAGAGAGAGGGAGAGCAAAAGGGGAUCAGACACACUAAACAGUGGGCGAGACAGAUCCAGCAAGAGCUGGACAGAGACAGAUCAAGGCAGACAGGAGAAUGUCUCACCGGCUUCGGCUGUAUUUUGGAUCGGGUCGCAGUAACACUGCUCCAGAGUUGGAGCAGCUAAAUGGGACAGUGGAGGACAGAGAUGAGAUUGGCUACAGCGGAGCAGGGGCUACAACGCAGAGUCAAAACGGAGGCCUUUCUGAGAGGCCGGAAUCGGGUGCUUGUUCGGACUCCUCUCUAAAGCGAAGCUCUUCCAUGUUCAUCCCACAGCUCCAGGGUCAAACUGAACCACGGAUGACCAAAAGUACCUCUGUCCAGAUAUCUCUUCAACGCACAACUGCACCUCAAGAAGAUGCAUUGCCCUUUGAUCCACCUCCGGAGUACCCUCAGGAGCCAGCUCCUGCAUACACUGAGCCUGAUGAAAGCUGGCACUUACCUCCACCUCCAGCUUACCACAGAGGAGAAGCCCCAUCCUACCAAAAUGUGGAACUAGGUAAUGAGCCUGUCCAGCCUAAGAGGCAAGUCUUUUGUGUCCGGCCGUGUGAUGGACAAAAUGGUUAUGCUAGUUUGGGUGUACCCAGUAAUCAAGGGAUUACCAUUGGAGGUUUCUGUAUUCGAAGGAGAUCUGCAGAUGGCUCGGAUAUCCAGCAGUUCCGGAUCAUGCCGCACAGCAAGAAUAACCAGAAUGGCCACCGAUGGUCUGUCCAGCAAAGUUCGGAAAGAGGUCCUGGAAUGCAAAGACUCGUCUUCCAGCUUCAACAGGACCAAGUAAGGCACCCCAGCCCCACUCCUCAGACUGACACGAGUGAUUUGGGCAUUACAGGUACUAAAGGCAGUCGCGUGGUGCGGUACCCUCGGAUCCGACUUGAGAGGAGCACCUCGCAGCCAUUACAGCCCAGAGGAGUUCCUUCCCGGCUCGGAUCUAUGCCAAAUCUUCAUGCCCCGAUCUCAGAAAUGGAGACUGAGAGUGAGAUUGUUGAGAACGGUGCUCAAGGUUGCACAUUAAAAAUUAGAAAAGAACAGAACUCCCGACAGCCCAAAUUUAAGAUCUAUUUCAGCCAGGGAAGUGAGCACGGUCCCAUCUUUGCACGGGAUAUUAGCUUUGGAAAGAUGCCUACCAGCAGCAAUCCACAGUUUGUAAGUGGCUGGAGAAUGGGAAAAACAGAUGAAAGAAGAGGUAGCAGGAUUUUGGUGGAGGAAAGAGGAGGUGGGUUCAGGAAUGACUUGCCCACAUUCUGGGAAAUGAAAAUUCCACAAAAAUGGGGGCCAAGAGCAAGACGUAACCACACUGUCUUUUAGUUUCCCAACAAGCAUACAAACUCUUAUACUGCCGAUACUCAAGAAGUGGAAAAUGUAUAGAAGCCAGAAGCACUUUCAGAUGUAACUUCAUUCAUGGGGGCUUGUCCACUUGUGUUUUUCCCCCUCUCUUGAAGAGGAGCCUGUUCUAUCUUUAGUCCCGUGUCAAGUGUUGUUGUUGGUUUUGAAAGCGGCCUUUCUCCUUUGGCCUGGGUCACCGUUCAUCUCUUGUCACAGCUGUUCUGUGGUGAUUAAGGUCUAAUAUAUAGUUACACAUACUGCUGUUUUUACAAUACUUUGCUGAAGUGUUAUUGCUCAAAUGUAGAAAAUCUUCAUGCAUCAUAGUUAUAUUAAGCUCAAGACUUUGUUUUCAGAGUUUCUCACAUCUUAAGCAUUUGCUCUUUCCAACAGUCCUCCUGGUUCUUUUUGUUUUGCCACAUGUAAUUUGUCAUUCCCUUCAGGUUACCAUUGAGUUUACUGGCUUUGAAAGUCCCUUCAGUGAUUAAUUCCUGUUCGUCUUAGAAACCAAUUCAUCAGUAUAGUGCUGACACACUGUAAGUGUGUGACAUUCAUUGGUUUGUCACCAACCAAUACUAGUACUAGAAUUAGUAUUCAUCAUGCGCAGAAGCUGUAAGAGCAUCUUUCCUAUGGAAUGUGGAAAGCAGGGCUUCAGUAUCACAGAUGUUACACUUGCAAACGGACAGUCC